AGAUUCUGCACUACACUCCCUCAAACAUCCCUUCCUCUGAGGCUCACGCUGCAAAAUGCCCGAUCCAAAUUUACAAGCAUACCUGGCUUCGCGCUAUCUCUCCGGACCCAAAGCGGACGCCAUCCUAGCUCGUUCAGUCGAUGGCGAAGGGACCAAAAGGAAGCGCAAAAAGCGGCGUGCAAAUGACGCGGCGGAUCAGGAAGGUCUCAAGUUCACGUCUGCAGAGGACGAGAGCUGGAAGGGAAGCAGAGAUGAGGAUGACUUGCAAGCCGUCGUGGUGGAUGAUGCGGCUUCGCAGAGGAGAAAGUGGUCCAGGCUAGGUCAAACGAAAGCUGAGACGUCUCAGAGCGAGGUGGAUGCAGAAACUUCCGCCGCAGAUGCCAACGAUGCGCGAGGAUCACCUGCAUCUGCGGGUCCUUCCAAGCCUCAAUUCAAAGCUGGUCUCAAAUCGCGCGAGGAGAUGAAAGCAGAGCGUCUGGCCCGAGAAGAAGAAGCGCGAGCUAAAGCUCUGCAAGGAGAGGUCCAGUCAGGUAACUCGGAACCUGACACUUUUCGGAAAAGACCCAAUGUCGAGCAGGAAGAGACAGUCUACCGUGACUCUUCGGGCCGAAAAAUGGAUCUGAAAGAGGAAGAAGCGAAGAGGAAGAGGGAGGAGGUCGAAAGCGAAAAGAAAGAAAGGGAGAAGGGCAUGUGGAAUGUGGGAGAGGUUCAAAAGAAGAUGCAAAAAGAAGCUAGGGAAAGGGAGCGACUGGUCGGCAUGGAGAACUUUGCUAGAGGAGCGGAUGACUUAUCUCGCAACGCUGAGCUCAAGUCCGUUGAGAGAGCAGACGAUCCAGCUCUGAGAUUUCUGACCAAGAAGAGAGAAGAAGGGCCUCAAAAACCAAAGUACAAGGGACCUCGACCUCCACCCAAUCGCUUUGGCAUUUUGCCGGGCUACCGCUGGGACGGGGUUGACAGAGGCAACGGGUUCGAGGCAAAGUACUUUAGAGCUCGAAAUGAAAGAGAGGACAGGAAGAGAAGAGAUUACUGAGAGCUGUUGUUUUGUAACGCUCUUCCAAACGUUGCUAUCCUCGUUGUCAAAGACGCCGGCUCAGCUGCUGCACGACGGAUACAAUAGGACCGGCUGCUCGUCUCGAGACCGAUCAGACACCAUGAAUACUCGUACUUAAGGGCACAAUAUUUCAUGUACCAAAGCGCACAAGACUACCCUCGGAUCUGACUGCCUAUCGAAUGCGAGAUUCAUGACUUCUUCUUUCCCCCGCCUUUCGAAAGCGCCAUCAGACAUGUAAAGAGAAGCUGCGCAGAACUUUCUUUUCUGGUCCACUGCAGGUCUCGCUUGGACGCUGCCCUGCCUUUCGCGUUUACACGCUCGAACAGCACCGUGGGAAGCGCUGUAGCGAUUUGUCAAGACACAGCAAACAAGAUCAAACAGACUCGCGGGCCUC